GAUGCUGAGACGUGGUUCAAGGGUGGAAAUUUCUAUCAAGUGUAUCCACGAUCAUUCAAAGAUGACAACAAUGACGGUAUUGGCGAUCUCAAAGGAAUCACUUCAAAAUUGGAACAUCUAAAGGACAUCGGAAUCGAUGGCGUCUGGUUGUCACCAAUUUACAAAAGCCCGAUGGUAGAUUUUGGAUACGAUAUCUCAGAUUUUACACAAAUUCAACCUGAAUACGGUACACUCGAGGAUUUCGAAGUAUUGGCACAAAAAUGCAAACGCCUUGGUCUUCGUCUCAUUUUGGACUUUGUUCCAAAUCAUUCAUCUGACCAACACGAAUGGUUCAUCAAGUCGGUGAAUAAAGAGGAAGGAUAUGAAAAUUUCUAUUUUUGGCACCCAGGAAAAGUCAAUGAGACAACCGGUGAACGUAGCCCACCAUCCAAUUGGCUAAGCAGUUUUCGUUAUUCAGCAUGGGAAUGGAAUGAAAAGCGUCAAGAAUAUUAUUUGCAUCAAUUUGCAAUUCAACAACCAGAUUUAAACUACCGAAAUCCAGAAGUACUUAAAAAAAUGAACGAGGUAUUGAUUUACUGGUUAGAAAAAGGAGUGUCUGGAUUCAGAAUUGACACAAUCCCAUCCCUGUACGAAGUUGCACCUGACGAAAAUGGCAAUCUUCCCGAUGAACCGCCAAGUGGUAAUUGUGACGAUCCCGUCGAUCCAUGCUACUUGAAACAUAUUUACACAUAUGAUCAAGAUGAAACAUAUGAUGUGGUUUACGAAUGGAGAGAACUAUUGAACAAAUUUCAUGCGGACAAUGGUGGAGACCAACCAAUUUUAAUGACUGAAGCGUAUUCCGACUUGAAUCAUAUCGUCAGAUAUUAUGGAAACGGACAACGAAAUGGAUCCCAAAUCCCUUUCAAUUUUCAUCUUUUGCCUAACGUUAAUCGAAAUUCGAAAGCAGCCGAUUACAAAAAACUCAUUGAAGAAUUCUUGCAAGCUGUACCAUCCGACUGUGAAGCCAACUGGGUGUUGGGAAAUCAUGAUCAAAAACGUGUGGCUAGCCGUCUCGGUGAAAAAAGAGUUGAUUUGUACAACAUUUUGCUGAAAACUCUGCCCGGUAUCUCUGUUACUUAUGCUGGCGAAGAAAUCGGUAUGACUGAUGUAAUCAUUUCGUGGAAAGAUACGGUUGAUCCACCAGCAUUAAAUUCAAACGAAACAACCUAUUAUGCAGUUUCACGAGAUCCAGCUCGCACUCCAAUUCAAUGGGAUGAGUCGAAUAAUGCUGGCUUCAACAGAGGCAAUAAAACGUGGCUUCCGAUCAGCACUAACUACAAAUGCGUCAACGUCAGAACCGAAAGCACUCAACCCAAAAGCCAUUUGAAUGUAUACAAACGUUUGACAAAACUCCGCAAAGAAGCAGGUCUUGGCGCUGCUUCAUAUGAAUCGGAACUUUUUGGAGAAAUUUACACAUACAAACGUCAAAAUGAUUCACUUAAGCCAAUAAUAGUGGCUUUGAAUUUCGGAAAUUCCUGGACAACGAUCGAUGUUUCAGCCAGAUACGGUGUAUCAGAAUCAUUGAAGGUCGUUACUGCAUCAAUUGAGUCACAAUACGAAGAAGGACAAAUCAUAAAUGGUACUCGACUCACAUUGCCAAACGAUGUUGGAAUUGUACUUACAACAGUUUAAAUGAAUGCUUGUCUUCAAUAUAAAUAAACUCAAAAACAGUCCUUGUGUCGAUCCCCCGCUGAGUGGAAUUUUUCCAACUAUGAUGUCAUCAAAAUGUCAUUUGAUCUACUUGAAGCCAAUUAACAUAUUUCGUGUAUACGCCAAACCUCCACAUAGUAAUUGUCGAGAUUUUGCUCCACCCUUUUUUUUGCACGCAUGUCAUUUCAUUUAUUUUGAAUUUGAUUGAUUUCGAAUGCAACCUGCUCCAAUCAAAAAUAAAAACAAUACGACCUCGCUUAAUCGAUCGUGCUAUUUUUGUAUUUUAACCUCCCAAACCGAAGUGAUUUUUGGACAAUUCAUUAAAUGGCUUUAUCAUAAUAGUGUUAUUAAUGGUUCGUAUCAAAAUGAAAAGGAAACAUAGUGGUUUUUGAUGUAUUUAGAAAAAAGCUUUCCUUAUAAUUUAGGUGUUCAAUUUAUCUUGGAUUUCCAUUUAAAUUUCUUCUUCAAAUAAUUUUGCAGUUCUCAACUGUAUGUCAAAGUCUGUUAAUAAUCGCGAUUAAUUCAAAUAAUUUAGUUUGAUAAUUGAAUAUUUGUAUUACCUCAUUUGAACGCCUCAGAACCAACCGAAUAUUUUUGCAAAAAUAUGAAUAUAUUGAAGUCAUAUUUUUGUUCUCAAUUUUAUUAAAUAUUUUUUUGCCCACAAUUAAUGUUGGCUGCAUAUGUUCUUUCCCAUGGAUAACUAGAAAUGAUAUCUAAAUUCAUUGUGUUUCUAAAUUCAUUUUGGAUCUUUUCUUCUAAACCAAAAUAUAUUCUUCUUAAAUGUAGUGGUUUUUUAUGUGAAAAAUAUGUAGUGUUUUUUUUCCCUGAGUUAAUUCAUAACCACGUGAAACAUACAAAAAACGAUUCAAAAAUAUGUUCGAUUUAUGAUAGUUGGUGGAUAAAAGAGCAUCAUAGCAAAUAAUGUCAGACCUAGCUAUUAGAUGUUAAGUACAGAAAAAGAGCGAUUGCCCCCUCUCGGCAUUUGUUAUACAGAAAAGUGGACAGAUAAGCAUAAACUGUAAACAAUGUAUUGUUAAUUAAAUUCCUUUCACUGAGAAUGAUUUUCUGCUAAUAAAACUAUCUGACUGACCCAUUUUUUUAGUUAA